CAGCAGCCGGCCGCCAUGAAAAGCUCUAUUUCUUUUUCCUUCCUUUUCGCCGUUCUUCCUCUCCUCACUCUCACUCUGCAAAAAGAUCAGUUCGCCGGGAACUCGAACAAGUCGCCGGCGAUGACGCUCGUCGGAAUCCUGGCUGGGUUGUUCCUCCUUCUAGCCCUAUACUGCGGAAUCGACCCGUUCAAGCACAGCCCACUGGUCAAUUUCCCGGACUUCGAAACGUUCAAGGCGGACAUGCCGCCUUGGUCGGAGAUGCCCAAGGCCAGGGACCCGGAGAAUCUGCUACAGAAAUCGGAGCUCCGGUUCCUGAACCAGAUCCAAGGCCCCGAAAGCAUCGUCUUCGACGCUCAGGGCCGCGGCCCUUACACCGGCGUCGCCGAUGGUCGAAUCCUGUUCUGGAACGGCGAGGCCUGGACCGAUUUUGCAUACACUUCGCCUAAUCGGUCAUCACUAUGUGAUCCAAAGCCAUCUCCAUUGAGCUAUGCGCAGCAUGAGCACAUAUGUGGGAGGCCUUUGGGGCUUCGAUUUGACAAAAAAUCAGGUGAUUUGUACAUUUGUGAUUGUUAUUUUGGGCUGAUGAAGGUUGGGCCUGAAGGUGGAUUGGCAACAUCACUAACAACCGAGGCCGAAGGGGUGCCGCUUAGGUUCACCAAUGAUCUGGACAUUGAUGAUGAAGGCAAUGUUUAUUUUACUGAUAGCAGCACCAGAUUUCGAAGGCGGCACUUCAUGCAGAUAAUUUUAACUGCGGAUGAUAGCGGAAGGCUUCUAAAAUACAAUCCCAAAACCAAAGAAACAACUGUCCUCCUCCAUGGUCUCCAGUUCCCUAACGGCGUGUCCCUAAGCAAGGACCGUUCCUUUUUUGUAUUCUGUGAAGGAUCUAUUGGAAGGUUAAGUAGGUACUGGUUGAAAGGUGAAAAGGCAGGGACCUCAGAAGUCUUUGCCGUCCUACCUGGAUAUCCUGACAAUGUCAGAACCAAUGAAAACGGUGAAUUCUGGGUAGCAGUCCACUGUCACCGCACCUGGUACUUCUACAUCACCUCUUUGUACCCAAAACUCCGGAAGUUCUUGCUGAAGCUUCCAAUUCGUCAAAGGAUCCAUUACCAGCUCCUUAUUGGGGGGCACCCCCAGGCAAUAGCCGUUAAGUACAGCCCUGAAGGUAAGCUGGUGCGCAUAUUGGAGGAUCACGAAGGGAAGGUGGUGAGAGCGCUCAGCGAAGUAGAAGAGAAAUUCGGGAAGCUGUGGAUGGGGAGCGUAGCCAAUUCUUUUAUCGCAGUUUACCAGUUAUGAUCAGAUCAAGAGAUGUAUUGAUUUUGCAUCCGUUUUUGGCUCUGAUGAUAUUGCUCCUUUGGCAAGCCAUUCAGCUCUUUUGGGAGCUGCAGGGAUUUGAAUCUUUCACCCACACUGUUCUGCAAAUGUGCUCUAGCUUUUCCAUGACAUUUUGGUGUUUUUGGUUUGGUAGUUUUUCAGCCUCAAAUCAAUCUUGUAGGAUUUGUUUUUGAAGUUGCAUCUUACUUAAUUCACUCUGCUUUCUGCUUUUCUUUCC